AUGCUUCGCUUACAUCUACGGAAACAGCCCUCGAUGACCAGUACAAACGUUGAAUACGCUCGUGAAUUUGUAAAGUUUCUCAAUGCCUCUCCUACGCCUUUCCAUGCUGUGCAAAACAUCAAGGACCAUCUUUCAGAACACGGUUUUGAGCAACUGAAGGAAGAAAAUCCCUGGGAGAACUCCUUACAAACAGGUAAAGGAUACUUCGUCACUAGAAAUGACUCAGCAAUAAUUGCGUUCUAUGUGGGCAGUCAAUACGUAGGUGGUAACCCAUUCGCUAUCGUUGGUGCUCAUACUGAUAGUCCAGUAUUAAAAAUCAAGCCCAUUUCCAAGAAGACUAAUGAAAAAUACGACCUCGUCGGUGUGGAAUGUUAUGGAGGCGGUAUUUGGCACUCGUGGUUUGAUGCCGACCUUUCCAUUGCCGGGAGGGUCGUUUACCGUGAGGAUACUGCGAAUGGGUACCAGUUGAUCUCGAAACUGGUAGAUCUGAAGAAACCUUUGCUUAAAAUUCCAACUCUGGCUAUUCAUCUGGACCGUGACGUUAACCAAAAAUUCGAAUUUGACCGGGAAAAUCAAUUGCUGCCAUUGGCUGGCCUGCAAGCAAAACAAGCCGGCAAGGACGGCGACGAAGAUCAACACUCUUGUUCUCAGGCUCAAGAAGACUCCUUUUUUUCCAUCAAGUCUGUUUUACAAAGACACCACCGUGAUUUGGUGGAUUUGGUGGCCAAAGACUUGCAAAUUCAAAGUGAACAAAUUGAAGACUUCGAGCUUACUCUCUACGAUCACAAACCUUCUUGUCUUGGCGGUCUACACGACGAGUUUGUUUUCUCUGGUAGACUGGACAACUUGACUUCGUGCUUCACAGGGAUGCAUGCGCUUACAGAGGCUGAAGACGACGAUGACAGCAACGACGCCAGUUCCUCUGCCAUCAGAAUGCUGGCGUGCUUUGACCAUGAAGAAAUCGGCUCAUCUUCUGCACAGGGUGCCGAUUCAAAUUUUCUACCUAGCGUUAUGGAGAGACUUGCCACUCCAACAUUAGGCAGCGGGGCUCACGAUGCCUUUUCAGGCGAACGCGAUCUUUUGAAAAUAGCAACAAGAAAGUCCUUCUUUCUGUCGUCUGACGUGGCCCAUGCUGUGCACCCCAACUAUGCGAGCAAAUACGAAGUUAACCACAAACCUAUGAUCGGCGGCGGUCCUGUGAUAAAAAUCAAUGCAAACCAACGCUAUAUGACCAAUACUCCCGGGUUGGUGCUCGUCAAGGCUUUGGCAGACCUUGCCAAAGUGCCUUUACAACUUUUCGUUGUAUCGAAUACGUCUCCCUGUGGAUCUACUAUCGGACCAAUCAUUGCUUCCAAGACAGGUAUACAGACGCUUGAUUUGGGUAAUCCAAUUUUAAGUAUGCAUUCUAUUCGCGAAACUGGGGGUUCCGAUGACCUAGAAUCCCAGAUAUCAUUGUUCCGUAAAUUUUACCAAAAAGGUAACCAAAUCCUCGAGACUGGGCAUGUCAAAACUACAUGA